AAAAAAGGUAUAUGACAAGAUUCCCAAAAAUCACCAGCACUAUUAUUUUUAUUUUAUUUUUCUCUCUCUUCGUUCUUCUUCCUCAUCAACUGUGCCUCUUUCUUACUUGAUAGUAUGUAACUGUACUAGAAACAUUAAAAUAACCAAUUAACAUCUAUAUAUAAGGAUCACAUCACAUGUACCAUAAACAAAGUGACAUAGACCAAUAGUGAGUAUUCGGGGUUACUCUUUGGGUUGAUUUUAGCAAUGACGGUGGUUCAUGGCAAUUGGGUUCAGCUUGAUCAAAAAGGAACUGGGCAAGGAGCAAGAAGUUCACAUGCUAUUGCCACGGUAGGACAGAAGGUGUAUGCAUUUGGGGGUGAAUUUGAGCCACGUGUCCCCGUUGAUAACAAGGUACAUGUGUUUGACCUAGAAACUUUGACAUGGUCUGUGGCUGAUGUAUCAGGGGAUACCCCACCGCCACGUGUCGGUGUUACAAUGGCUGCAGUUGGAGAAACCAUUUAUGUAUUUGGUGGAAGAGAUGUUGAGCACACUGAACUCAACGAGUUCUAUUCUUUUGACACCACAAACAACAAAUGGGCCUUGAUUUCAAGUGGAGAUGUUGGGCCUCCUAAUCGAAGCUACCACUCCACGACCUCUGAUGAACAACACAUAUACAUUUUUGGUGGAUGUGGGGUUAAUGGAAGGCUCAAUGAUUUAUGGGCCUUUGAUGUUGUUGACAACAAGUGGGUUGAAUUCCCUUCUCCAGGUGAAAAUUGUAAGGGGAGAGGUGGGCCGGGCCUAGUGGUGGCCCAAGGAAAAAUAUGGGUUGUUUAUGGUUUCGCUGGAAAGGAAGUGGAUGAUGUGCAUUGUUUUGAUAUGGUGCACAAAACAUGGUCCCAAGUUGAAACGAGUGGGGACAAACCAACAGCACGUAGUGUGUUUUGUACUUUUAGUAAUGGGAAACACAUAAUUGUAUAUGGUGGUGAAAUUGAUCCUAGUGACUUGGGUCACAUGGGUGCUGGUCAAUUUUCUGGUGAGGUUUAUGCAUUGGACAUAGAGACACUACAAUGGGAGAGGUUAGAAGAUAGGGUGGAAUAUGGUGCUCAUCCUGGUCCUCGUGGGUGGUGUGCAUUUUCUGGUGCUAAACGUGAUGGCAUAGAGGGAUUGUUGGUUUUUGGUGGCAAUUCUCCUACUAAUGAUAGGCUUGAUGACAUUCACUUCUUUGCUCUUUCUCAGAGUUAGUUUGGUGAAUGUUUAGUAGUUAUUUUUAUAUGAUUGCAUAAUGUGUGAUGAAUUCUAUAUAUAUGUGAUUGUCGUUAGAGGAUAAUGGCAUGUGAAGUUAGGAAUCUUUGGUACUACUUAACAUAUUCAGUUUGUGAUAUGUACUUGUGUGUAUGAAUAAAUUAUGAAGUGUGUGAUGAUUAUCAAAUGGAUGAGAUU